AUGUUUGACAUAUUCGCCAAGCUGUUGUCCUCCAUCGCGUCCUUCCUUUUCCCACUGUUCGCCUCUUAUAAAGCUCUCAAGACUACCGAUCCCGCACAGCUCACACCAUGGCUGAUGUACUGGGUUGUCCUCGCCUGCGCGCUUUUGGUUGAGUCGUGGACUGAGUGGUUUCUCUGCUGGAUCCCAUUUUACGCAUACAUCCGCCUCCUCUUCCUCCUCUACCUUAUCUUGCCGCAGACUCAAGGCGCCCGCGUCCUCUAUCAAGACUACAUCCACCCCUACCUGCAGGAGAAUGAAGACCACAUCGAUGACUUCAUCGCAUCCGCACAUGACCGGGCCAAGGCCAUGGGGAUAAUGUACCUGAGGCAGCUGAUUGAGUACGUCAAAGUCAACAUCCUGGGUAUGGCCCCGUCCCGAGUCGAGGAACAACAGCAGCAGCCACAGACCCAGGGCUACGGCGGUCGGCAGCCCUCGGUCACCCAGAACCUGCUUGCGCGGUUCACUCUGCCCUCGGCACGUUGGUCUGGCGCCGGUGGCGACUCGGCCGGCAACAGCGGCGGCGCCAACGACUUUUACGGUAUGCUGGCUGGCGCCGUGGGCGCCGCCAUGAACUCGGCCGGUGGUGCUAGGGACAACCAGCAGGGCCUCGGUGUUUCCCGAUCCGUCAUACCCAGCCACGUCAACGAGGCCGACAAAGCCACCUUCAUCGCAACGCAGCGCGAGCGCCUCACGACCCUGCUGGCGGCAUUAGACCGCGAGGCCGCGGGCAUGCAGUCCGGUGCGUCGUCGGCAUCUACGCCUGUGCCGAACACGUCGUCGUCGCAGGGCUUCUUCCGCGUAAGGGACGUUGUCGAGGGCCUGGCCGACACUGCGGCGGGGCUUUCCAAAUCGCGCAGCGAGACGGACUUUGAGAAGAUCGAUGCCAUGAGCGGGACUGAGGAGGUUGGAGGCGACGAGGAUGGUUCGAUCAGGCGUCGGGCGCAGGCAGCGGGUGGUUCCUGGAUGCCGUGGGGUUGGGGAGGUUCACAGUCGCCGGCGGCUGGUGACGCUGCCAACCCUGAUAGGUCCAACGUUGGUCACAGUUCUGGCGUGAGCACCAACCCCGGCCAGUAA